AUGGCACACAAUACACAGCUGCUCACAAAGAAAAAAGGUGAUAAACAUCCCGGCUGUUGAUAUAAGAGUCAAUAAGAUAUUUAUUAAUCUCGCGCCUAACGGAAAAUAAACAAUAAUCAGCAAAUGUGUGUUUGCCAGCGCUUUUGUUAUAUGCCUAACGUUCAUCAGGGUCACGGGCCCAUAAAAAGGGCCGCGUGAAGAACUAUGUUAUUCACAUUGCUAGCGGAUAUUUAGCAGUGAACAUUGUUUUGGAAAUGAAAUCUCUACUUGUUCUCCUGUUUCUCGGAGCGAUAGUCGCCACCCUGGCUGAGGAGUCUUUUGAGGAUGAGGCAGUCGCGGAGUUGUUAGAUGAACAGGGUGAGGAAACCAUUGCCGAGCUUGCUGAUGAAGCGAAUGACCCCCAUCAUCGUCCCCGUCCAAGUGGCCCUCCGAGGGCGGUAAGAUCUUCAACCUUGUCACCAGUCCUAAACAGACUACUGGGAUUUGCACAAUCAGCUUAAAGUAGCAAACUUAAUUUGUUCAAGAUUCCUUUCCACGCCCUUAUAAAAUAGGUGCUCACGGGAACUUCGGAAGAAUCGCGCUCCCUCAACCCAAAUCUCUGUAGGUUGUUAUAUGUUAGAAAGAGUGAUUACCCUUUUGUCAAGAAAUUAAUCGGAGCUCAGUUUUUUCAUAUUCACUGAUGAUUUAGCGUCAAGUGACAAAGAGGGCCAGCAUCAAUCAAUGAAAAUCCUGACAUGUGAUUAAAAAAAAAUCAACAAAGUUUUAGAAGUAUCCUACCACAACCUCCCGGAAAUUGCGUAUUUUAUUUGGUUAACAUGUUAGAGCGAUAACUCGGUCAAAAAAAUAGCCAUAGCUUUUUUUCUGGUGAUUGGCAUCAAAAGAUAAAGAAUGGUAUCAUCGAUUAAUAAAAUCCUAGCAAACGGUGUUUUAAUAUAAACGGUAACGUAUCAUAGAGCCAUUAUUAUAAAACUCACAUACUUUAAUUCUUUUCUCUUAAAAAGUGCAAACUAUAUUUUAAGAAAUGCUUAAAGAAGCCAACUGGUCCUCGUCCCACACGUCCCAUCAAGGUAAGAUCUUCGUUGUCUUUAUUUUGAACCCUCAGACUUUGAUGUCGAGACGUAGUUUUACAGUAAAAGUGUGUAGUCAACUUAUAUUGUUUUUAUACGAUUUGAUGAAAUACAUGGACCAGGUGAGCUCCUUAGUUAUUUUUUUUUCAGCUGGGGUAGGUUGUUAUAUGUUAGAAAGAGUGAUUAACCUUUUGUCAAGAAAUUAAUCAUAGUUCAUUUUUUUUUCAUAUUCACUGAUGAUUAAGCGUCAAAUGAUAAAGAGGCCAGCAUCAAUCAAUGAAACUCCGGACAUUUGAUUAAAAAAAAAAUCAACAAAGUUUUAGAAGUAUCCUACCACAGAAGUAUUAAAAAAUUCACUGAAUUCAUCUUCUCUCCCACUUAGAAAAAGAUUUGCCAAAAACUGCGGAAAAUGUGCAAGAAGCUCCGGCCCAGCAGACGUCCUAAGCCUUAA